AUGCAGUCAUCGCUUGUGGAUAUGGUUGUCUGUGGAGGUGCUACGCCAGUGGUGAAUGCGAGCCUUUCUUCUUCAUCUUUGAUGCCACUAAAUCUCCAUAUCCGGCUAAAAUCGGCAAUAGAAGCCGGCAGCACCGCAAGAUCCCAACAGCUCCGCCAUCACUUCCAAGGAAUUAAUAGCUCCCAUGGUGCGAAGGAGAAAGAUGAAGACAGAGAGGAUAGGAGGUUUGGGUUGGACUCUGGAACUAAAAUGAAAACUCUACAUUUUCGACUCGGGAAGGAAGAAGGCAGAGGUUGGGAUCGUGACUAG